AUGGUCCUUUUCCUUGUGUCGAAAGCCAUCCCUCCCCCUCCGCCCAAGAACCCUUUCUCGCCACUCACAUCCUACAUCUCUCUCGUUCAUCUGGACCCGUUCAAGACGGCGAGCUUGAGAAAGGUCUUGCUCAAAGCCCCUUCGAGCCUCGUCGAGGUCAGCUUUCCAAACGGCCGACCCCAGCCGCCUGUCUUCGCGCCCGAGAACCCGCCCUUCAACCGAACGCGCGCGACCUUCUUCCUCCCUCAGUUCAUUUUCUUCCACUACGCCCGUGUGGCCUACCUCUUCCGCUGCCAGCAGAUUCCAGAAAAACCCUUCGUUCGAUUCCUUUCCUGUCUCAAAUCUUGCGUCUCCGUCCCUUCUACGCCCUACACAACGCGGAAGGGGCUCAUCGAGAAGCUCGGCUUCCCUCCUCCUACGCGUCAUUGA